AUGGAGGCAGCCCUGGAACUAGGGGCAAAAAGGGUAGAAGUCAUUGGAGAUUCGAACCUAGUGGUGUCCCAAGCAAGAGGAGACUGGAAGGUUAAAAAAGACAUGCUAAAAUUGUACCACUCUGUGCUAGAAGCUCUAAUUCCACAAUUCGACUUUGUUAUCUUCACACACACUCCACGAGUGAGCAAUAGGUUUGCAGAUGCACUAGCAACAAUGGCCUCUAUGGUCGAGAUACCCCUGGGGUUUACAAUGCAGCCGCUAAUGAUCGAGCAAAAGGUCAAGCCAACAUGUGAGUGCACUUUCACUGAGGAAGGUGAGGAUGAUGGAAAACCAUGGUAUGAGGACGUGAAGAAAUUCUUGUAA